UUUGACGAAAUCAUUAUUAUCCUAUCUGUUUUAAUGUCGUCUUGACUUGAAUCGAGACCAUCUACAUAUACCCCUGUACCUCCAUCCCCAUUCUUCAAGCACAUCAACUCUUCAAACUUGCAAUUCCAAAACCAUCCACACCGGCCAUGUUAGACCUUGAGCUCUCUACUACUCUCCUCUCUUUCCUCCUCCCUUUCCUCUUCUUGUUCAUCAUCAAAUGGAGUUCCAUUUUCACCACCCUUUUCCCAUCCAAAUCCCCUCUAAAUUCUACUUCUGAUAAAACCCCAGCAUCAUACCCAAUCGUCGGCUCUCUCUUCUCAAUCUAUGCGAACCGGAAACGGAACCGAUUAGAUUGGAUGUCGGAAAUAUUAUCCAGCUCACCCACUUCCACCUUCGUCCUCCACCGCCCCCUCGGCCGCACCCAGAUCUUCACGGCCAACCCUUCCAACGUCGAGCACAUUCUCAAGUCCCACUUCCACACGUACCCUAAGAGCGCCUUCUUUCGAAUGACCCAAGCCGACCUGCUCGGCGACGGCAUAUUCAACACCGACGGCGAGAGCUGGAAGUUUCAGAGACAAGUCGCGAGCCACGAGUUCAACACCAAGUCGUUACGGAAAUUCGUCGAACAGGUGGUUGACACGGAGCUCAACGACCGUUUGGUACCGAUCCUAUCAGCGGCCGCCAACAGCAACACCGUACUUGAUCUCCAGGACAUUUUCCAACGGUUCGCGUUCGAUAAUGUGUGCGCGAUCGCGUUCGGGUACGAUCCGGCGUCGUUGGUGCCUUCUCUGCCGCAGGUGGAAUUUAUGAAGUCUUUUGAAGAUGCGGUUCGAAUCAGUAGCCAGAGGUUCCAGUCCAUUCAUCCUCUGCUGUGGAAAGCUAAACGCUGCCUCGAUGUUGGAUCAGAAAAGAAUCUCCGAAUUGCCGUGGAAGGAGUCAGGGAAUUCGCCAAGGAAUUAGUUAAGGAGAAGAAACAUCUACUGAAUGAAAAAUCAGAACUCGAUUCGUUCGACCUUUUAUCUCGAUUCUUGAGCUCUGGCCAUUCCGAUGAAAACUUCGUAACAGAUAUAGUCAUCAGCUUUAUAUUAGCCGGUCGCGACACCACCUCAGCUGCAUUGAUUUGGUUCUUCUGGUUAGUAUCCAAAAACCCAAACGCAGAAGGAGAAAUUCUCAGAGAGAUUUACGAAAAAUCUGAAUCUCCGAUUUUCGAAGAAGUGAAGGACAUGGUUUACACCCACGCAUCGCUGAGCGAGAGCAUGAGGCUGUACCCGCCGGUGCCGGUCGACGGAAAACAAGCUAUCGCCGACGAUGUGUUGCCAGAUGGCACGUUCGUGAAGAAAGGUACGCCGGUGGCGUACCAUCCGUACGCAAUGGGGAGGUCGGAGAAGAUCUGGGGGAAGGACUGGGCGGAGUUUAAGCCGGAGAGGUGGUUGGAGAGAGACGACGCGGCUGUGGCGGAUCAACGGAAGUGGAACUUUGUGGGAAGGGAUCCUUACACGUACCCGGUGUUCCAAGCGGGGCCGAGGGUUUGUUUGGGGAGGGAGAUGGCGUUUCUACAGAUGAAGAGGGUGGUCGCGGGCGUUUUUCGGCGGUUUCGGGUGGUGCCGGCUUUUGAGGAUGGUAAGGAGCCGGUUUUUGUAUCGUAUCUGACGUCGAAGAUGGAAGGCGGUUUUCCGGUGAGGAUUGAGGAGAGAGCUUAGAGAUUCUGAUGAUGGCUCGAUCAGCUGAUUUUUUUCCUUCUUCCUAUUGCAUAUAUGUCUGUUUGUUAAUGUCAUUAUCAUUCUUCUGUUUCUGAGUAGAAUGCUGAGGGUAACUUUUGUAUGACUAUCUUGCUGUGUACAAACAGAACAUUUCAUAUUGUCAUGGAUAAUGUUGUAAAAAUCUCAAUUUUGAUCUCAAA